UCAAACACUGUAUUUUACAUUUCUUGCAAAUUAAAAACUAACAUCUCUGGCAACGGACCUCUAAAAAUUUCUAAUAAAACUCCUUGGAUGCUUGUGGGGCUGCAUUUGCAAACCGCUCCCCAUCAACCUACUCCCUAAAAAAGAGCUGCUUUUUGAGAGACAAGCGGCACCCUCUGAUGUUACUGGGCGGCAGUCGGCCUACAAUUUCCUUCACAAUGAGGCAAUCGGAGCGGCUUUUUCGGUGUGUUUGCUUGCGUUGAGGGGAGCGGGACCAUAGGCCCUAGAGGCCCCCAGGUGCUCUCUGAGACUGGGGGAAACCCUCUGCAGAGCGCAGGGGGCGCUAGGGUGCGAGGGGCGGGCACUGACGGGCACCAAUCACUGCGCAGUCCCACCCUAUAAAUAGGCUGAGUCGGGGCUUUUUUUUCCGCAUCCUGCUUGGUCAGGUUUAUACCAGUUUACUUGGUGUGCUGUAUUAGUCACCAUGUCCGAAACGGCGCCUCCCGCUCCCGCUGCUUCUGCUGCUCCUGAGAAACCUUCAGCUAGCAGGAAGGCAAAGAAACCUGCUAAGGUUGCGGUGGCCACUAAGAAAAAGCCUGCUGGCCCUUCCGUAUCAGAGCUGAUCGUGCAGGCUGCUUCCUCCUCCAAGGAGCGUGGUGGUGUGUCGUUGGCUGCUUUUAAAAAGGCGCUGGCGGCCGCAGGCUACGAUGUGGAGAAGAACAACAGCCGCAUUAAGCUGGGUAUUAAGAGCCUGGUAAGCAAGGGAACGUUGGUGCAGACGAAGGGCACCGGCGCCUCGGGUUCCUUCAAACUCAACAAGAAGGCAUCCUCCGUGGAAACCAAGCCUGGACCUUCAAGGGUGGCUGCAAAAACCAAGGCAACGGGUGCGUCUAAAAAGCCCAAAAAGGCCACGGGGGUUAGCAAAAAGAACGUCAAGACUCCAAAAAAUGCUAAAAAGUCGGCAACAAGGAAAUCCUCUAAGAGUCCCAAAAAACCCAAAGCUGUAAAACCCAAGAAAGUAGCUAAAAGCCCUGCUAAAACUAAGGCUAUAAAACCCAAGGCGGCCAAGGCUAAGGUGACGAAGCCAAAGACUGCCAAACCCAAGAAAGCGUCACCCAAGAAAAGGUAAAUUCGGUUGGAAACUUCUACUAACCCAACGGCUCUUUUAAGAGCCACCUACACACUUCGGGAAAAGAGCUGUAGUACACAGAUGAAAUUCCCCAAGCAAAUGCAAUACGCCCUCAUUUAUAUUAGAAUCACUUGGAGAGUCAAUAGGAACUUUAACAUAGGUUGAGUAGUAAAUUCUUGCCAGAUGAGGCUAUCAAAGAUAGCAAGGUGAAUUCAAAUGCACCGAGUUAAAGUCGAAUUUUAGAUCACCUGUUUUUUGCUUUUUUUUUUUUUUUUAAAGUAGCCCGAAUUCCCGCAUCUCAGGACCCCAAGCUAAUUAGUCAUAACUGUAACGAACCAAGGUUGAAGCCUAGUCCCAGGCUUGAGGCUUUUUUAUUAUGCAAGGUUAAAGUGCGGACAUU